GCUACAAAAGGUGGAAUAUACAUCGAUUUGCUGUACGCUGGCAACCUCGUUCGUCUUGUACUGCCUGGCUUUGCUUCAGGAUACUUUGGGCAACUCGACCAAAUCCUCCUCCUAUUCACCCUUGUCUUCUCUCAGCUUGCAAAUCGCCGAUUAGACGCAAGACAGCUGUUCCUGUUUGAGCCCACAACCCACUCCUUCAGGCCACUAGAAGAUCCUAGGAUCGAAGGGUUGAAAGGAAUUCGUGUAGUGGCCUCGCCGGAAAACGAAGCAGGAUUGCCGCGGAGUAAAGACUGUCGGAUUGUGAGAAGAUGUUCUCAGCUCGGCGUCUGUACCGCCGUGACAGACUAG